AUGAAUUUUGUUCACAGUGAAAUUUUUCCAUCAACACCAGGAACUCCAUUCGCUGAAAUAGAUGACACCAUUCCAGAUUCUCAGAAGAACGGGAUUUACUAUUUUGUUAUCAUUUUCUUUAUUCUAUCAGCAGUUGCAGCGAUAGUUCUCACUGGGGCAUUUUUAAUUGUAUCAAUUUUUCUUUGGGGAUAUUUAAAACCGAUGAAGUUCUUCUGGUUCCUGGUACAAAUGACGUUUUCAGCAUUUAUCGUUUCUUCUAUUAAUUUCGUAUUUAACGUUCCAGCUACUUUAUUCUCAAUUACUACGGAAAGUUUUGUACAUUCGGGUGAGUGCCUCUAA